AUGGCAUCAUCAGACUCUACUGAUACUGUUGUUGCCGCUUCAUCAAAUGAUUCAAAUAGUGGUCGAAUUGAUGUCGUCUCACUUAUUGUUCUUGUAUCUUAUCCAAAACAUUAUCGUAUAUUUGGUGACAAAGAACUUGUACGUGAAGUUCUUCCAAAUGCAUCUGAAUCUGCAUUUGUCUGGUUUGGAAAUUAUUCAGCAGAAAAAGACGAACGUGCAAAUGCUUAUACAGAUGUCAUCGGCAAAAUGAUUCGCUUAGGUUAUCAAAUAUCAGCAGCAACUGGAGGUGGUGGUAACCCAGCUAUUGGUGAUAAUAUGUCGACACAUACAUCACAUUAUAUUUUAAUUCGAAAACGACAAUAA